AGAGGCGUAAUUCUUCGGGGCUACCACGUAAGGAAUGCUUCGUUGAGCUCUAGAUUUUUUCCGUGCGCUCCUCCCCUCCACCUCCGUCUGACCCCCGCUCCCGUCGUCGCGACUCUCCUCCGUCGCCGGAGGCCAGACCUCGACUCAGAGCCACCACGCCGCAGCUCAUCCGCGCCUGGAGCCCCCAGCCCCAGCCCCAGGGAGUAUCCCUACACCAGUGAGUGACAAGGAGCCGCAGAAUCCGGAAGCUGAUCCACGAGCUGCGAGGUGUCCUCACUCCGGAGCAGCAGCAGCGCGCGGAGGGGCGACGGAUGGACGAGUUCGACAGCGGCGACAAGGGAGCUGCCGCCCCCGCCCCCGCCCCGGCCGCUGGCGACGACGGCAACUCCGCGCCGCUCCCCGAGACGGUGCAAAUUGGGAAUUCGCCAACCUAUAAGCUUGGAAGGAAGCUUGGAAAGGGAGGUUUUGGACAAGUAUAUGUUGGCCGACGUAUUUCUUCUCCUAGUCUUGGUGACAGGAAUACUGGUGCAAAUGCUUUGGAGGUUGCACUAAAAUUUGAACAUAGAACCAGCAAAGGUUGCAACUAUGGAGCUCCAUCUGAGUGGCAGGUUUACAACACUCUUAGUGGAAAUCAUGGUGUUCCACGGGUACACUACAAAGGAAAGCAGGGUGAUUUUUACAUUAUGGUUAUGGAUAUGUUGGGACCAAGCCUGUGGGAUGUUUGGAAUAAUAAUUCCCAUUCGAUGUCUGUUGAGAUGGUUGCUUGCAUUGCCAUAGAAGCCAUCUCCAUUCUUGAAAAGAUGCACUCAAAAGGGUAUGUCCAUGGUGAUGUGAAACCUGAGAACUUUCUGCUUGGUCCAUGUGGUACCCUGGAAGAGAAGAGACUUUUUCUUGUUGACCUUGGACUGGCUACGAAGUGGAAAGGCACUGGUAAUGGGCACGUUGAAUACGACCAGAGACCUGACAUAUUUAGGGGAACUGUUCGUUACGCUAGUGUGCAUGCUCACUUGGGAAGAACUGGUAGUAGGAGAGAUGAUCUUGAAUCCCUUGCGUACACACUUAUUUUUCUUCUCCGUGGCCGCCUGCCUUGGCAAGGAUACCAGGGAGACAACAAAGGUUUUCUUGUCAGCAAGAAAAAGAUGGCGACCUCUCCAGAAUCUCUCUGUGGCAUUUGUCCACAAUCUUUUCGACAAUUUGUUGAGUAUGUCGUGAACUUGAAGUUUGACGAAGAACCCAAUUAUGCAAAGUGCAUCUCUCUUUUUGAUGGCAUUGUUGGUCCAAAUCCAGACAUCAGACCUAUAAACACUGAUGGUGCUCAGAAGCUUAUAUAUCAGGUUGGUCAGAAGCGAGGACGCCUCAUAGUCGAGGAAGAUGAUGAGCAGCCUAAGAAGAAGAUUAGGAUGGGAAUGCCAGCAACUCAGUGGAUUAGUGUUUACAGUGCCCGGCGGCCUAUGAAGCAGAGGUACCACUAUAAUGUUGCAGAUGAUAGAUUAGUACAGCAUAUUCUGAAGGGAAAUGAAGAUGGAUUGUUUAUAAGUUCAGUUUCCUCUUCCUCAAAUCUGUGGGCUUUAAUAAUGGAUGCUGGAACCGGUUUUAGUGCUCAAGUAUAUGAAAUUUCUCUUCACUUCCUUCACAAGGAAUGGAUACUGGAACAGUGGGAGAGAAAUUACUAUAUCACUGCGCUGGCUGGUGCGACCAGUGGAAGUUCCUUGGUAAUCAUGUCGAAAGGAACAUCAUACGCACAACAAUCCUACAAAGUAAGUGAUUCAUUUCCCUUCAAGUGGAUAAACAAAAAGUGGAAGGAGGGCUUCUACGUCACAUCCAUGGCUACAGCUGGAAGUCGAUGGGCAGUUGUCAUGUCCCGAAAUGCUGGUUUCACAGAUCAGGUAGUGGAGUUAGAUUUCUUAUAUCCGAGUGAGGGCAUCCAUCAACGUUGGGAUAAUGGUUAUCGCAUCACUGCAACAGCUGCCACAUUGGACCAGGCGGCUUUUAUCUUGAGCAUACCUAGACGAAAGCCUAACGAUGAAACACAGGAGACCCUAAGAACAUCUGCUUUCCCCAGCCAGCAUGUGAAGGAAAAAUGGUCAAAAAAUCUGUACUUGGCAUCCAUCUGCUAUGGAAGGGCGGCAUCAUGAAGCCCAUUUAUGUCUGUUGGUUCUUGGGAGGAUCUACUAAUAUGGACCGCCAGUUUCUAUGCUAAGAUGGGGGUUGAAGUGCUAACAAUACUAAUAUACUUACCCAUAACUAACAAACAACAGGUAACCUGUGACAAACAAAAUUGUUGUGUGUUGUGAUAGCUUGUGAUUUGGUUGUGUAUAAAUUAUCCAUAGGGUAAUUUUGUAAACAAAGAUACUACCUCUGUUCCGUAUUAUAUGAUGUUUUGGUAGGCUAUUUUAGGCUACGAAAACAUCUUAUAAUUCGGAACACAGGAAGUAGCACUGUAAUCGACUAAUUGUAUGCAUAUAAACUUUUAGCCUGCACAUGUGUUGGAUCCGAAGCAUUCUGCUGAUUUAGCUUUUCAUGUUACUAUGUCUGCUAGGAGAAAUUUUUUCAGUACAAUACAUUAAUUUAUUAGUUUUACAUCUUA